UCCGGCAUCGUUCUCAAGCGAAGGGACGAUACUCUGGUGAUAAGUUAUCUGCCCGACGUAUUUUAGCGCUGGUGCACCGAGAGAUCUUUUUGCUGAUAAAUUUUGGUCUUUGAUUACCACUAUAUUUUCAGAUGAAGAUUACAACCCUUUGGCUUGAGCAGCACAUUAUUCCUUUUCUAUGUAGACACUGGCAAAAAGAUCAGCACUUUGGAACUUGGCACAUAUCUAUGAGCCAAUGUCAUGAGCAUGUUGCCAUUCACAGGGAGACAUUCCUCUAGAGGUUUUACCAGGAUUGUUCCAGAACAAACUGGCUUGGAGAUUCUGCUAAUGUGUUUGAUGAUACCAGCAUUUGUCCUGUAUACUGUGGCAAUAGCCUCUUAUGAAUGGUUUGCAAUUUACCCACACAGCUACUAUGGUGUGUGGUAUGUACGCUUCUGUGAUGUUUUACGAUGCCAGCUAAUUCCAGCUGUUUUUAGUGAUGAACCAGCCAAGUUGGUUUUUUUUCCAGCCUGGUACAACAUCUUGCAACUACUUAGUCUAUUUGCACUUGGAGGGUUGGUCUUAGGACUCUAUAUGUUACUAUUGCUGUGGCGAUUCAAAUCUUCACAGGUCCCAUCUAGCCGACAGUUCUAUACAUCCAUCGUCUGCAUAGCAACAGCAUUUGUGAUUUCAAUCAGCCUGGUUAUCUUCUACACCAAAGUGAAUAGCGAGAGCAAAUCCUCCCUGCAGGUUGGCUGGUCCUCAGUGUUGGCACUUAUCUCAUGUUUUUGUGAAUUGUCAGCUGGAAUCAUCAUUAUACAGUUUCCUAAUAAAAUUAGGAAAUAAUUUCCAUAGGGAGAGUGGAUCUAGACAUGAGGUGGAUUGAAGAGAGAGAGAGUGGGGGGGAAUGUAGCAUGAUUGUGAGUCUGGGUAAUGGUGUUACGUUUCUGCUACAGAGUGAGACGCACAACAGGAUUGUAGAGUGCAUGACGUCUUCAAUGCUAGAUUGAAAGAUAUAAACUUAAUUUUUAUUUUUUAAAAUUUAUAUAUAUAUACAUACCAUAGUACCAUUUUAGCUUUCUAAAAGCAAAACCACUAACAGCCUUUUUAUUGGGAUAUAAUGAAAUGUUAAUGUAGAAUUUAUCCUGAGGAAAGAAACAUACAUUUAUUCUUUCCAAACAAUUUUUUCUUCAGCUGUUUUUUGUUUGUCUUUUUCGUUCCAUUUAUAACUGUUGAUCCUCAAUUUCAAAUAUAGUACAUUCAUAUGCAUAUACAUUCAUUUUUCUGGAUAAGCUUCUUGGCAAUGUUUUGAUGAAACAGGAGUUCACAGAUUUUUUUUAUGAUUAAGGUGUUGACUUUAUGUUAGUAGUCCUUGUACCCAGCUUUCAACAGCAGUCUUGUGUACAUCUGGUAUUGCCAUCAGCUAGAGAUAUACUGUCAUGAUAAAGACAAGCUUUAGUACUUACUGUCAUUACAGCAUCAUCAUCAGCUAGAUGUUGUAAUAACUGCAGUAAUUUUUCCUACAGCAUUCAACUGUUUAUCAUUUAUGAUGUAUUACUAAACGUAGUGCUUCAGACAAUUGACCAUUUGUAAUGGAAGCUUUUAUUUUGACGCCUAUAGAGCAAAUGUCAAGUCGAGACAAUUUUGUCCCUCGUUGUAUUAUAGCCAAAAUGGUGUAUAUGACUUUGAACAGUGUUGUUUUUUCCAGCUAUUAUACAUUUUAAAAUAAGAUACAGAAGAUAAAUGGAAUAGUUCAAAUAGGGCUUUUUAUUGUGCUGCACAUAUUUUUGAACAAUAAUAAUGCAAUAAAGAAGUUUCAGAGUGUCA